AUGGCCGACUGGUACUUCCCAAUGUCAUGCAUAACCGUCUCCCGCAAUGGCCGCAAAUUCUCGAACUACCCAGCUGGCCUUGAUUCCAACAACACAAACACGGGUAGCAACCAAAAAUACCAAGUCGCCGAACUGACUGGCAACUCAACGGAAACACCCUAUCCAAGUGUCGAGAUUAACAACCCGCCUGGCGGUGCUGUCAAUUACAGUACGACGCCGCCCACGGGCGCAAACUAUCAUAAUUACCUCAUCGGCGUACAGAGUGUGGUCCUGGAUUCAAAAGAUCGACUCUGGAUCCUUGACACGGGGCGCGCACAACUCGAAGACGGUACCCUCGUUCUCGCCUCGUACGGCGGACCAAAACUAGUAGGCGUCAACAUUGAAGACGGCAGCGUCAUCAAGACGAUUGUGUUUCCAAGCAACGUUGCGUUCGGCGACAGUUACUUGAAUGACGUACGCUUCGACUUGCGCCCCUCCAUGUCUGCGUCGGGUCAGGGAGUUGCGUACAUCACCGACUCGAGUAGCGAGGGACGAAAUGGGAUUGUCAUGGUUGACUUGGGAACGGGUGAGAGUUGGCGCCAUCUUGACAACAUCCCCGAAGUGAGUGCCGAGCGAGGGUUCGUACCAUAUGUUUGGGGCCAGCCAUUGUAUUACAUUCCAGGGCCAGACCAGCCGUUGACUACAGUGCCGUUGGGAAGCGAUGGCAUCGCAUUGUCUGCUGAUGGGGAGGACUUGUACUUUGGGCCAGUCGGUGGACGUGGACUGUACAGCGUCUCUACUGCGAGACUGCGUGAUCGCAGCCAGUCUUCUGAGCUUUUGGCACAAGCAGCUGUCAAGAACCGUGGUCAGCGCGGCGUCAGCGAUGGCUUCGAGACAGACACCAACGGCCUCAUUUACGCAGGCAACAUGGAGCAGAAUGAGAUUGGAUUUUACAAUCCAGCGAAUGGAACCAUGUCUCUGUUCACGAGGGACCCUAGAAUUAGUUGGGUUGAUACUAUGUCUAUCGCAAGUGACGGUCAUCUCUAUUUCACGGAUAAUCAGCUUGCAUUCAGCAAGGCCUUCUACCCUGGCACGGACAGGAGACAGAGGCCUUUUGCUUUGUUCAGAGUCAAGUUGCCCAGCAACGGCACUAGGGUAAACUUGCAGUAG